UAUGCCGUUUGAUUUGCAGUGCCUCUUAUAAAAGGAAGAGGCUCUGUUGUGAGUGGUUAGUGUUGGAGAAGAGAAAGAAGUGAAUCGUAGGAUCUGUUAUUCUGUUAGCAUGUUCCGUUCAUCGUUCCGCCGCGCGUUUUCGGCGAGGGCGUCGAAGCACUGCGAGAACCACGAGUUCCUCUCUCGGAACUCGUUCCUGGGGAGCUGGGAGGCGCCACGGGACCCGAAGGAGGCGGAGGCGAAGCUGGCGCGGCUGCGAAGGGAAUACGCGAAGCAAGUGAAGGAGGUUCGGAAGGAAUACAUAAGAGAGAUGGAAGCGAUGAAGAUUGAGAAGGAGCGCAAAGACGAGGCUCACAGGGAAGCCCUCAGAGUCGCCAACGAAGAGCGCAAGAAGCUCAAGGCUCAAGCCGCGCAGCUUAGAGCGCAGGAACGCGACAUCGAACGACAACAGUUUCGAGAAACCCUAUUAAAAGAAAGAGCAGAGAAACUUGAAAACUGGAGGAUGAAAGUCAAAAUGCUUGAAGGGAAGAAGGCUGAGAAGAAAGAGUUUCUGCGCCGACAAAGUUCGGCGUGGAUUGAAGAAGGCAAUCUUGAGAAAAAAGUUGUGGAAGCUAUGGCUGAAAUAAUGCAUCUUUGAGCUCCUUGCAGUUCUACAUUUGUAUUGGUUGAGGUCUGUGUUAUCUGGGUAGUGAUAUUCUGCAGCGUGACUUGUUGUGGUUGAAUCAUUCACAGAAGAACAGGGUGCUUUCAGAGGCAAAGGGUGGGAGUGGAGGUUUGUAUGUUGCUUUCUCGAGAGACCAGCACCAGAAGGUUUAUGUUCAGCAUAGACUAUAGGGGGCUGCUGUUUAUAUAGCACCAAAAUGUCUGCCCAUGUAAGAAAAUGAUGCGUAUGCACUUAAGCCAACGGAGACGGGAUUUAUAAAAAUUGUACAAUAAUAAUGUCAUAUCAUUCUCAUCGUAAUUGAUAUCAUGGGACUAAAAGUUAUCUAAAGUUUACUGU